AUGUAUAAAGAGCCCGCAACUCAACGAAAAAGGCGCCUUGAACGAGCUCGUAUAAAGUAUCAAGAAAAGAAGGCCAACGAGGGCUCAGAAGCUAAACGGGCAAGAUUAGAUAAAAAUCGCCAAGCCAAAAAAAAAUUAAGAGCUGAAGAAACGCCAUCAAUGAAAAAUAAACGCCUUCUACAACAACGCGAAAACAGGAUUAAACAACGGGACAAAGAAACUCCAGAAAGCGGAGAAGCCCGGAGGCAGGCGGAACAUGAACGAUAUUUACAACGCGCCGCUGCAGAAAAUCCAGAAAGAAGAGAAUCCCGGAAGCAAGCAGACCAUGAACGGUAUCUACAACGUUGUGCAGCACAGACUAACCAAGAUCGAGGAGACCAUCUGGAAAAUAUACGCAGACAGUGGCUGGAACGUUCAGCAAGCGAAAUAGAGUUUGAAAAAGCAAUUAACACAUUUUGUGAUCAAUUUUGUGAAGUUUGUACAAAACGAUGCUACCCUAACCAGGUUUCAAUAUUAAAAUUGUCUAAUUAUAAACCUAAUUAUUUGCCAAUUGAAUUACUCCAAAAAAAACAACUAUUACUUUGUCAUCGCUGCAAAACUCAUCUGUCUAGUCGAAAAACUACUGCACCUCCAAAAGCAUUUUGGAAUAAACUUGAUCCUGGCGUUAUACCAAAUGAAAUACACCUUCUUUCACAGGCAGAAAAACGAUUACUGUCUAUACUCCGGCCCACGAGAGAGUAUUACCGUUUUGCGCAUGUAGACUGA